AGCCGCCGCACGCUUUCGCCACUGCACGGGAGAGCGGGCCGGAGGCUGCAUGUGCGCAGCUCCGCCCGCGGAUCCCCGAAGCCCGCUCGCAGCAUCCCGCGGAUCCCGGCCAGCGCAGCGAGGGAACGCCGCCCGCCGCCUGCCAUGGACGAGGGCAUCUCCCGCCUGCCCGAGCGGCAGCUGCUGGAGCACCGCGAUUUCAUAGGGCUGGAGUACCCGGCGCUCUACAUGUGCAAGCCCAAGCGCGGCGUGAAGCGGGACGAGAGCAAGGAGACGUACAAACUGCCGCACCGGCUGAUCGAGAAGAAGCGGCGGGACAGGAUCAACGAGUGCAUCGCUCAGCUGAAGGACCUGCUGCCCGAGCACCUCAAGCUCACGACGCUGGGGCACCUGGAGAAGGCGGUGGUGCUGGAGCUGACGCUGAAGCACCUGAAGGCGCUGACGGCGCUGACGGAGCAGCAGCACCAGAAGAUCGUCGCGCUGCAGAGCGGGGAGCGCUCCGUCAAGUCUCCGGUGCAGGCCGACCUGGACGCUUUCCACUCGGGCUUUCAGACGUGCGCUAAGGAGGUGCUGCAGUUCCUGUCCCGCUCCGAGAGCUGGACCCCCCGCGAGCAGCGCUGCGCCCAGCUCCUCGGCCACCUGCACGCCGUCUCCUCGCAGUUCCUGCCCGGCCCGCGGCUCCUCUCGCCGCCGCCGGGCCCGCUCGCCAAGGGACCCUCCUCCUCUUCCUCCCCGCCCGCCCCCCUCCGCGCGCCGGCCCGCAAGCCGGAGGGCCAGGCGCACUGCGUGCCCGUCAUCCAGCGGACUCACGCCGCCGAGCCGGGCGCCGAGACCGACACGGACACGGACAGCGGCUACGGCGGCGAGGCCGA